AUGGCUCUCGACCCGCAUAGGUUCUCGUAUACGCUCCCGCGAGUGUGCCAUUUACCCAGGGCGCUCGGAUCAUUAGGCCGCAAAGCUACACAGCCGCCGGUUCUGUUUCUGGCGCUCGUAGCGGCCGGCAGCUCGAACGUCGUCGGCGGCGGAUCGCACAGGCGUUGCCCCCAGUCUCAGAGCGUCGUCACCCCAUUCGCCGCGCUCGCUCAGGCUCAGCAGCAGCAGCAGAAUCUCAGAAACGUCGGAGGCCGCACUAACUCACCCCGGGCUUCACUCUCGGUGCUCGUCAUGCGCGGCGGCGUUGGCAGUAUCACCACUUUCUAUAACUUCGAUCACGCAUACGUUGCGAUUGAGCUCCUCAACGCGGACAUCUGCAUCUGCGGUCACAAGGGCAGUGACGGUGCCGCUGAGGCUGAUAAUGUUGCAGUUGAACUCCUUGAUAUCGACGAGGUCUGGGCUACAAAGAAGGAGGGGAAGACGGUAUACGAGAAUGUGCGCUCGGCCACCGACCACAAGAACGAUGAGAGAAAGGGCGAGUUUGCGGUUGAGGGCCAGGGCCUUACGCUGUUUGAGGAUGAGGAAGUUAGGGACCAGGUUAAGUACGAACCCGCCAGUCACUCCAUCACUCUUGUCGGGCGUAUGAAGACUGAGCGCCGCGAGCGCGAGCGCGAGGGUGACAAGGGCGACGGGCGCCGCCAUCAGCGUGAACGUUCUGAGACCGUCUGGUUCAAGCUCAAGGACAAGCGUGUACCGCUCAUCGCCAUCCCUACUAAGCAGGCACCGCCCGACUUCCUGCAGUACUCAGAGUGUCAUGGAGUGCCUGCCGCCGAUGGUCGUGGACUGUCUCAGAGCGUGACCUUGAAGUUCGCAAGCAUCUCGGCGGUGACCGUGUUACAUCUUUCAAUCAAGCUCAAUGAGGACGAGACGUACGACGUUGGUCUUCACAUUGCGGACAUCUCGUACUUCAUCAAACCCAAUACCGCUUAUGACCGCGAUACCUACAAGCGCGCUACCAGUGUGUACCUCGGGCAAGGUGUCGUCCGGGUGUUCCCGCUAGCCCUCAGCGAGGAUCUCUGCCCGCUCGUGCCAACCGAGAGCGUCCCGCAAUUCCAGCCGUUUUCACUAUCACAAAGGAUGCCCGCAUGCUGA